AUGGGCCUGAGCUCUUCCAAGGCACACCCCAAGGUGACCAAGGUGGCACCGAUGCACCCCAGGGAGGACCUGCCUGCUCUCCCUGCUCCACACCAGCUCCCCAGGAUGUCUGGAGAGCCCAACCUGCACUCACAGACCAUGGCAGAGUGGGGAAACCUCACCUGUCCCCAGCAACUUCCACCUCUCCGGGAGCCCUGGUAUGGCAGAACCUCUGCAGGGCCCCUUUCUUUCAACACCACCCUGGAAAAGGGAGAAACCAGCAUCAUUAAACAGCACCCACCUCGAAGACCUCAAUGGCUUGAACCUGCUGCCCCUCUGCAAGAAGCCCCUCCUGCAAAGCCCUGGAGUCAACAAGCAGUGGCUGCAAGCCCAAGGAUGAAGGCUGUGGAGAAGAGGGGGCAAAGCCUGAGACACCCCCCAGGCAGGCGGCAGCACUUGCACAAGCUGCAGAUGCUGGAUUUGACCCGUAGGCGCCGAGAGGCAGAGCUGAAGCGAAAUCUCCAGAGGGAGGCAAAAAUCAAUCAACAAAACCUCCAGGAAUCCAGCCCAAAGAACGUCCUUGACACUCCCCAGGGAGGCGACAGCGCCAAGAGCCGAGACCUCGUCCCUGCUGAGCACAAUCAGGGUUUUCAUGGAGACGACCAUGGAAACACGUGGGGCAGAGGACUCUCCAGGCAACAUGAUGGGCAUGAAGUCUCUCCAGAAAGGAACAGCAAGGUUGACCUGUGGUUCUGCAGGGAGCCACGGACAAGGGAUCUGUUCUGGGACACCUCCAGCACUGGCUCUGAGGAGUGGGAAAGGGAAGAGAAGAUUUACCACAAACGUAGGCUUGUGAGAACCAAGACAGAGAGGUUUUCUCUCUUUGAUGACUUCUUUGAUAAGGACUUCUAG